AUGAGCUACCCCGAAAAGUUCCAGGGAUUCUGCGUCCAAGGCCCGAAGACGUGGAACAAAUUCACCAAGGAGACCCUGAAUCCGAAACCGUUUGGGGAUCACGACAUUGACGUGCAGAUCGAAUGCUGCGGUGUCUGCGGAUCAGACGUCCACACUGUCACCGGCGGCUGGGGUGAAUACGAGGGUCCCCUGUGUGUCGGCCACGAGGUUGUUGGUAAGGCGAUCGCCGUCGGCAAGAGUGUCAAGGACAUCAAGGUUGGCGACAGGGUUGGCGUGGGAGCCCAGGUCUGGGCGUGCCUCAAGUGCGAGCAAUGCAAGAACCAAAACGAGAACUACUGCCCUCACUUGGUUGCAGACACAUACAAUGCGACAUACGAGGACGGCAGCCAAGCUCAUGGCGGCUUCGCAAGCCACAUCCGUGCUCACGAGUACUUCACCUUUAAGAUCCCAGAUGAGCUCAAGUCUGAAGAUGCGGCGCCGCUUUUGUGUGCCGGGUUGACGACUUACUCCCCUCUAGUCCGAGGCGGAGUGGGGCCGGGUCAGUCCGUCGCUAUUGUCGGCAUCGGCGGCCUGGGUCACCUCGGUGUGCAGUGGGCCAAGGCGCUCGGCGCCGAAGUUUACGCCCUCACGCACUCGCCUGACAAGGCCGAAGACUGCAAGAAGUUGGGUGCCAAAGAGGUUAUCGACACCAAUGAGAAGGACUGGGCCAAACCAUUGGCAUUCAAGUUUGAUUUCAUGCUGAAUUGUUCCGAUAUGACCAACGAGUUCGACUUACAGACAUACCUAUCAACAUUGAAGGUCGGUGGGCAUUUUCACAUGGUGGGACUGCCGGACAAGCCGCUUCCCCAAUUCCCUGCAAGCCUGUUUGCCAGCAACUCAGCCAAGAUGUCGGGAAGUCACAUUGGCAACCACCAAGAGAUGGACGCGCUGUUGAAACUCGCAGCAGAGAAGGGCAUCAAGCCGUGGGUUGAGACGAUUGACAUUUCCGAAGAUGGUUGCAAAGAGGCGAUUGAGAGGGUCAAGGACAACAAAGUCCACUACCGAUUCACCUUGACCGGACAUCAAAAGGCUUUUGGGACGGCAUAG